UAGUUUUCCAGUGGUUCUCGUUAGGAAAACAUCUUAGGAAAACUGAAUAGGAUUGGGGAGAUCCUGCUCAUCAUAAUAAAAAAAAAAAUAAAAAAAAAAUCACAAAGGAUAACUCACCAACUACCGUGGUGGUACUAUAAAUACAGAAACGUGGCGAGUGAGGUGAUGGCAGGACACGUACGCGUCCUGAGUCUACACCUUAACCGCGUUGUAUAACAACAUGCAAUAAAUAGGCGACACCGAGGACACCUCGCCUCUAUCCCCUAGGAGUAUAACAAACUCCUGAGUGUGCUAAUUUCGGCUACGUACAGAAAGGAUUUCGUGUGUGUGUGUGUCCCGAACCUCCCCCUGUCCGGUCUAAAUUUAAUUAAGGCUUCAAAAGACUCGUGCAUUGUGCUUUUAUGGAAUAUCCAAAGAGUGCGGCAUAAUUUGUUACCCUUAAAAGGACGUCAGCUAUCCCAGUUUUUAUGAUAUCGGAGAGGCUCUUAUAUGCAGUUUAAAAAUUUUUUGACAAAGUAAUAUCAUCGAGCCGUCAAUAUGAAAACCGAAUCGAAAGAAAACUUAGUGCCUAAGGAUGGAAAUAAGGAUGAGGAAAACACGGGCCAGGUUCUGGAUUUCAAAAUGCAGGCAAACACAUCGGAUGAAUAUGUCCUGACCGAAAUCGAGAAGAAAUUCCUUUUGUCUGCUGAACACGGUGAUUGCGCUACAGUGGAAAGGAUAAUUGAAGAAAAUAUUGACAACAAAAAAGAGUUUAGUAUCGACUGUGUAGAUCCUCUGAACAGGACUGCGCUCAUCACAGCCAUAGAAAAUGAAAACUACGACUUAAUUGUCCUCUUAUUGGAAAAAGGAAUAAAAGUGAAGGAUGCCCUACUACAUGCAAUAUCUGAAGAAUACAUUGAAGGCGUUGAGGAGUUGCUCAUUUGGGAGGAGGAGCACCACGUACAAGGGGAACCUUACAGUUGGGAAUCAGUGGAAAGAGAAAAAUCUUGUUUUACCCCAGAUAUUACACCAUUAAUUUUAGCAGCACAUCGUAACAAUUAUGAAAUAUUGAAGUUGCUCCUUGAUCGAGGUGCAGCCCUGCCCAUGCCUCACGAUGUCAAAUGUGGCUGUGAUGACUGCGUGAAGUCUCAGGAAACGGAUUCCUUGCGUUACUCACAGUCGCGUAUCAAUGCAUAUCGAGCGCUAACCUCUAGUUCUUUGAUUGCUCUUAGUUCCAUAGACCCACUCCGGACUGCCUUCGAAUUAUCCUGGGAGUUAAGGCGGCUCAAAGCUAUGGAGUCGGAAUUUCGAUUGGAAUAUACGGAAAUGCGACAAUCUGUCCAGGAAUUCUCAACCGCCUUAUUAGACCACGCCCGAACAUCGCACGAACUAGAGGUAAUGCUGAAUUUCGACCACGAGGUAACGAGCAAUGUUUGGAUGCCUGGCGAUCGACAAACAUUAGAAAGACUAGAGCUCGCUAUUAAAUAUCAACAAAAAAUGUUCGUCGCGCAUCCGAACGUCCAACAACUUUUAGGUGCAAUCUGGUAUGAAGGUUUGCCUGGGUUUCGACGAAAAACGAUGGUUCGGCAACUCGUGGAAGUUGCGAAGUUGGGUUGCAUGUUUCCAGUUUAUAGCAUGAAUUAUAUGGUCGCACCGCACUCCGAGAUGGGACAGUUUAUGAGGAAACCUUUUGUAAAAUUUAUUUGUCAUUCGGCUAGCUACGCGUUCUUCUUAUCUCUAUUGGGUGCAGCAUCACAAAGGAUUGAGAGACUGGCUUUGGAAUUCAUUGGCCUCCCUUGGAUGUUGGAAAUUUUGGCAGACUGGAAGAAGCACGAACGGGGUUCAUUGCCUGGCCCUAUCGAAUGUUUCAUUAUCCUUUAUAUUAUAAGUCUGAUAUUCGCAGAGUUGAAAACUUUGUAUUCGGCCGGACUGUGGGAUUAUAUUGCUGAUCUUUGGAACGUGGUGGAUUUCAUCUCAAAUUGCUUUUAUGUGACGUGGAUACUUUGCCGUGCUACAGCUUGGAUAAUUGUUCACAGAGACGCUUGGUAUCGUGGCAUAGAUCCGUACUUUCCUCGUGAAAAUUGGCAUCCUUUUGAUCCCAUGUUACUAUCCGAGGGUGCAUUUGCAGCGGGUAUGAUACUUUCAUUUCUGAAGCUGGUGCAUAUAUUCUCCAUAAAUCCACAUCUGGGACCGCUUCAAGUUUCACUGGGCAGAAUGAUUCUCGACAUCAUAAAGUUCUUCUUCAUCUACACAUUAGUGCUGUUCGCCUUCGGUUGCGGUCUCAACCAGUUGCUGUGGUACUAUGCAGAAUUGGAGAAACAGAAGUGCUACCAUUUGCACCCGGAUGUAGCGGACUUCGACGAAUCAGAGAAACCUUGUACCGUUUGGAGACGUUUUGCAAAUCUUUUCGAAACAUCACAAUCUCUCUUCUGGGCGUCCUUUGGCCUAGUGGACUUGGUGUCCUUCGAUUUAGCCGGCAUCAAAGGAUUCACCCGAUUCUGGGCUUUGCUGAUGUUCGGGUCAUACAGUGUAAUCAAUAUCAUUGUCCUGCUGAACAUGCUGAUUGCCAUGAUGUCGAAUUCAUACCAAAUAAUUUCGGAACGCGCCGAUGUUGAAUGGAAAUUCGCCCGGUCCAAGUUGUGGAUGAGUUACUUUGAGGAAGGAGAUACGCUUCCAGCACCUUUCAACAUGUUUCCAACAAUGAAAUUAAUUAGCAAAACACUGGGAAGGGCACCGAAAAGAACAAAGAGUCUUUUGAGACGCAAUCUGGAGAAAGCACGCACCAUGCACGAACGGGUAAUGAGGCUCCUAGUGCGAAGAUAUAUCACGGCUGAGCAAAGGAAGCGGGAUCUAUUCGAUAUUACCGAAGAUGAUAUCAUUGAAGUGCGACAGGACAUCAGUUCAUUACGUUACGAACUCUUGGAUAUCUUCCAGAAGAAUAAGAUGAGAGUGCCAGACGUAGACAAAAAGCAUCACGCAGGUACCAAAAAGGGUCGUGUAAUGGAGCGCCGAAUCUUGAAAGAUUUCCAAAUUGGAAUAGUGGAAGGAGUUGCUGACCCAGCUGCUGGUGGAGUCAAAGAUGUUUUCACUUCCAUUGCUUCUGCGGUUGCCAAAAAAACUCGCGAGAAGAAGAACUGGAAUGAACUAGUGAAAGAUAAUACUGUCCGUGAUCCUAUUGGUUCAACCAAAUCAUCAAUGGUUCGACGCAGUCAACGUAGUUUACGCAGGAAAAUGAUUGAAGAUGCUAAUGCUGGCCUUCGAAUUGACACGGACAAAUUAGUUGAAUAUAAUCCAAAACUUGGAGAGGUAACACAAUCUACGCGAGUGGCAUAUGUGAAAUUCAUGACGAAGGCUCCAACAAAAAGAGAGCAACUUCAAGGCAUCAGUGAAAAAUUGACGGCAGAGGAAAAGGUGGCAGCACAAGCAGGUGCCGCCGGUUUCAGCAAAACAUUAAAGAGAGCCCAGGGGAAAACACAGGAUGCAGCAUCCGAUCAACCAAAAUCAGCUAUGAAAAAGCCUGAAGAAAACGGCACGCAAGCAACUGUGGUAAAUGAAAAAAUAAAACCGCCACCACCAACUGCAGAUCCAAAGCAAAAGGCCGAAGCACCAAAGAAACCGGCUGCCCCUGCAGCGAAACCUGACGCCCCGAAAGCACCACAACCGGACUCUGCCAAACCCGCGGCCCCAGCUAAAGCUGAUCAAGCCCCAUCGGCACCAUCAGCACCAAAGAAGCCACCAUCUCCGAGCACCAAACCACCCGCUCCUCAACCUAAAACGGCUGAUGCAAAACCGCCAGCAGACGGUCCAGCGGCCGGAUCAAAAGACCAAAAGCCUGCUCCCGGAGCGCCAGCCAAACCUGAAGAAAAGAAAGACGAGAAGAAGGACGAGAAAAAGGAGGAAAAGAAAGAUGAGAAGAAAGACGAGAAGAAAGAUGAAAAGAAAGACGAGAAAAAAGACGAGAAGAAAGAUGACAAGAAAGACGACAAGAAACCGGAAGAGAAGAAAGACGAAAAGAAACCGGAAGAAAAGAAAGAUGAGAAGAAACCUGAAGAGAAAAAGGACGCCAAAAAACCAGAUGAUGCGAAGAAACCUGAACCAAAGAAACCACCUCCGCCAUCGGGAGGUGGAGUAGGACAAAGUAGCGCUGCAGCUGGAGGUGACCGUGGCAAAUCAACAGUGACUGGACGAAUGAUUUCUGGAUGGCUUUAAUUUUUCCUAAAAUUGUGUAUAAUCAGAAUAUAAGACAUAUUGGCAAACUUGCUCUGUAAAUUCUUAAGUGAAAUAAACAUGAGUUCCGUCCAA